GGCGGCAUGUUGGGAGAUGUGGAGUGCGGGUGGGUGGGUUGGUGGAUGCUGGCAGGGGGGACAGUGAGCGCAACAGGCUCGGCAACAGCGUCUUGUUCCAAUGUUGAAAGUGUGUUGAACGGCUGCGGAGCUUCUCUCGCUUCCAGUCUCGCUUCUCCGCCGUCACUCGUGAGCUCAAUUCACACGAGAGAGAGAAGCCGCUGUGAACCUAUCCUGUCCUCGGAAGCAGGGUCACAUAUACACGGACAGGGACAGGGACAGGCAGGCGGUCUCGCCCUCCAACACAGCCUAUCGCAGGUGUGCCUUCGAAACCGCCAGCCCUUCUCGCUCUGUGUACGCUUUUCGUGAGAAGCAAUGGACUUCCAAAGCAACGAACGUCCACGUCCACAGGCUACCGACCUCAAACAUGAGGAACGCCCAACGACACCUUCGCAACCCGAGCCGGAGAAAGAGAAAUCAACUGAUUCGAACACGCCCUGUCCGGAGAAAGAGGUUGCUACACCCGCGGAGGAACAAAAAAGUCGAACCGCCGACUCCUCAGAAGCGCCUCAGCGCAACGGACCAGCCAAUAAAAUCUGGAAGUAUGCAACGUACACGGGCGUUGCCGUUGUCGGAGCCGUCGGUGCGCCGUUUCUCGUCACGGGUGCAGUCGCAGCAGCCGGGUUCGGUGGCGCCGGGAUCGUGGCUGGAAGCUGGGCAGCGGGGUUUAUGGCGUCGUAUGGGGGUGCUGUCGCCACUGGGAGUGCGUGCGCAGUGUUGCAGUCCGUUGGGGCGGCGGGCUUGGCAGCUUCCACGACUGCUGUGACCUCCACGGUGGGUGCUGUGGGUGCAGCUUUGGCUGUCAAGGCGGUCGAUCGGUCGAAUUCCAAGAAGCUGUGAUUGCUUGGAGGACGGGGGUUGGUACAAGUGCGUCUUCUCCCCCAUUGGACUUCAUUAUCCUGUGGCUCGAUAGCUAACAUCCGUCCCUCCUCCUUUUAUAGAAUCCCGGCAGCACUUAGCCAAGCCACGAUAGUUCAAAGUCGGAACGAUUUGAUAGCGGAAUGAUUGGAGUGCCGUGCAGGAGCCUGUAUAUGCGCACAA